UUCUCUCUCCUCCUCUUCUUUUGGCUCCGCCUCGCGCGCCACUCUCCCGCCCAGGCGCCUCUCUCUCUCUCUCUAGUUUCUCGCACCACCUGCCUACAUAUCGCCACAGCCGCUGUCGUCGUCUCGUCUCUGUGUGUGUGUCUCCAUCAGACGCCGGCCAUAUAGCUAGCGAGACCGGCACAUUCCCAUCGGGAAUCCGCCUCGGGCUUCGCCGCAAUCCCACGCUAACUCACGCCGCACCAGAUUCACGCUCCCAGCUACAAACUCCCAGCCGCGCGCCGGCCGCACGCGCGUGCGCACAGCUAGCGAUCGAUCGUGAUCGUGACCGCGGCCGGGUUGACUGCCGCUCGACGAGCGCACACAUCGAUCAGCCGGCCGGACGAGGAGAUUGUCAGAUCGUCUCGGCUCGUCGACGGAUUGGCCAUCAUGUUCGAGGGGAUGGAGAGGGCGGGCUACGGCGUCGGCGUCGGCGGCGCGGGGGCGGUGGGAGCCGGGGUGGUGCUGUCGCGGGACCCCAAGCCGCGGCUGCGGUGGACGCCCGACCUGCACGAGCGCUUCGUCGAGGCCGUCACCAAGCUCGGCGGGCCUGACAAGGCAACCCCCAAGUCGGUGUUGAGACUGAUGGGCAUGAAAGGUCUCACCUUGUACCACCUCAAGAGCCAUCUUCAGAAAUAUAGGCUUGGAAAGCAGAACAAGAAAGAUACAGGCCUAGAAGCCAGCAGAGGAGCAUUUGCUGCACAUGGCAUCAGUUUUGCCUCUGCUGCACCUCCUACCAUCCCAUCGGCUGAAAAUAACAAUGCAGGAGAAACGCCACUGGCCGAUGCGCUGCGGUAUCAAAUUGAAGUCCAACGGAAACUGCACGAACAGCUUGAGGUUCAGAAGAAGCUUCAAAUGCGAAUUGAGGCCCAAGGGAAAUACCUGCAGACGAUACUGGAGAAAGCCCAGAACAACCUCUCCUAUGAUGCAACUGGAACUGCAAACCUCGAAGCAACCAGAACGCAGCUUACAGAUUUCAACCUGGCUCUUUCAGGAUUCAUGAACAAUGUUUCACAAGUGUGUGAACAGAACAAUGGAGAGCUAGCGAAAGCGAUAUCUGAAGACAAUCUCAGAACUACCAAUCUAGGCUUUCAGCUCUACCAUGGAAUUCAGGAUUCCGACGAUGUCAAGUGUUCUCAAGAUGAGGGCUUACUGCUGCUAGAUUUGAAUAUCAAAGGAGGAGGAUAUGACCAUCUGUCCUCCAAUGCCAUGCGAGGCGGCGAAUCCGGUCUGAAGAUUAGUCAGCACAGGAGGUAAAGAUUCAGUAGAAUGGCGACCAUCUGUAGUUUAAAUUAAGAGUUACCUUUGUCCUAUGAGAAAUUCUUUUGUGGCGAUAUUGAGGGUGCUUAAGUACAGUGUUGGUCCAGAGUGUACUAAUGUAAAAUUUGUGGGGUAAAGGCUCUGAAUAAUCGUAGCUAAUCAAUCAUGUCUAGAUCUGAAUAUCAGAAUAUAUACACUGUAUGAGUAUUCGUACCUGCACUCUAAACGACUAAAGCAAAAGCAUUAUCAAGUCU